ACACAUGGUGUGUGUGUGGGUGUGUAAGAACAGCAGGAACUCUCUUCAUGCCACCAUUUCAUACCUGUCAGAGCAGGCUCCAGGCUGACAGGUGGACACCUGAGUUUUCCUUUUUUGGUUUGCCAGGCUUUGAUGUUCUAACUUUUUUUUAAGAGGACUUCCCAUUGCAGCUUUGGUCACUUCUGAUCUAAUCUAGGCUGCUACUGGUAGCUGAACCCAGACUGGAUAAUUUUGUUACUGAUAUCUAAGGAGGCGACAGGUUGUGCAUCAUGGCAGACUUCCCCUCCAAGGUUACCACAGAGACCAGCACUCCCAACUACCAGAACACCCAUCAGGGGGGUAACAGGCUCAGCGGGAUGACAGCCAGGGUCACAACUAAGAUGGAUGUUUCAUUUGUGCGGAGCAUCCAAGGCAUACUGAUGAUUACUGAAAUAGUGGUGGGCCUGUUCCCCUGGGCGCUGAUCGCCAGCACCCCAUAUAUGCCUCAUGCAGCAUACGGCUGGGUGAUGUUCGUGGAAGUCACUCUGUGGCUUCUCACCAUCAUCCUCUUCUUCGUCCUCCUGUUCAGUGUCCCACGGAGACUGACAGUCGUUCCCUGGGCUUUAACCGUGAUGAUGUACACAGGUGUGGCCACGCUCCUCUACCUCACGGCCUUCAUCACCAACGCAGCCACUGCGUAUGUCUUUAAAGGCUCCUACUUCUUUGGACACAUUGGAGCUGCUGCUUUCUUCGGGGCAGCGCUGACCCUGCUGUACGGUGCCAGUGCUUACCUGUCUUAUCUGGACUGGAGGGGCGAUGGAGGAAACGCAGCCACCAGCACGGUGCCCACCUAGGACCCUGGGAACUCAGAAACUGCUCCUGAAACAUCUGACUGGAGCUCAUGGCAGAUCACCAGCGCCGGGUUUUAAUAGCAUCAAUAUAAAGAGGCCCCCGGGGCCCAGUAAUCAUCCCAGGCAGAGCAAUGGCUAAAAUUAUUUUUUUUACAAAAUUCUUAAUUUUGCUUUGAAAAACAAGGAAAUAGUUGGAGGUAAAGCUUAAAUGUAAAGAGCUGACCUGAUGGCAGACAGGUACUCCCCCAGCAGCACCCACACAUUUUGAACUGACAGACUUAAGGACAACGGACCUCCAGCAGUCAUAUCCCUCCCAUUUAAAUCCGAUGUUUCUACAGAUUUCCCCAGUUUAAGUAUUAUUUUUCUCAUCUUUCCUUUAUUAUUUCAACCAUUUGACCACAGAACCCAUCAAACCAGUUCGGUUUGUCCUCAGUGUAUCCCACAGAUCAUGAAACAAGAUGGUGCUCAAGUGUCUUCUGAAUCGGUUGAAUGGCAAACCAUUAUUUCACUGUUUUUUUCACUUGGACUGAGUCAACUAGUUCUAUGACACACUCCGGACCGGGUCACCCUACAGUAAAUAGCUUAAGAGCUUUAUUCUAUUUAGCCUCUGCGACUGACAUCUGACCCAGAAGCGGUUUAACAAACACAGCUGCAAUUCAAAGUCUUGAUUCCCAAAGACAGCUAUUAUUUAGAGAAAUAUGUUUCAGGGUUCUCAAAUACCCUAUUGAAUCAUAUGAACGAACUCUGUGGAAACAUAUGAUUUCUGUGAAUUGUAGAAACCUUAUGUAAGAACUCUGUGGAAUGUAGAAAAAACAUGUGGAACCUAGUAACCCUGAUGGAAGUAGAAACUGCCUGUAAGAACACGGUAGGAACCCUAAUGAACGUAUGAACCAUGUGCAGGAACCCUUUUGAAUGAAGGAACCGUGUGCAUGAACGCUGUUGACUGUAGGAACCGUGUGAAGGAACGCUGUUGACUGUAGGAACCGUGUGCAUGAACG